AUGGUAAGUGGGCCGGAUCAACCACAUAAUCUAGCCCAAAGGCUUGUGAGAGGUUUUAGGGUUACGAAUGCUGGAUGUUGCGGCGUAGGGCGGAACAAUGGCCAAAUAACCUGUCUUCCUUAUCAACCUGCAUGCCAAAACAGGGAUGAAUACCUCUUUUGGGACGCAUUUCACCCAUCCGAAGCUGCAAAUGUCAUUGUGGGGAGACGAUCAUACAAUGCUGAAUCCUCAUCCGACGCAUACCCUAUCGAUAUUCGACGCUUGGCUCAACGCUGAAGAUGGAGUUGAUGAACAUGGUGGUGCCAUUAGAAUAUUGUUAAAGCAUUUAUACUACUGUUUGUAUCACUAUAUAAUUAUAUAUAUUUUUUG